UUAGAAAGUAACUCGCCGUCGUGUCAUCUCGUUUCGUGAUAUCAACGCAAUACUCACACUCUAUUAUCACUGGCGAUCCAAGUCUCGAUUUUGCAGAAGUUCGUGGCACCUAGUUUCUUAUCAUCUGACUGCACAGAUAUCUAAAUGGCAGAAAUACGAGAGUUCAAUGAAGUCAAAAUUCCUGUACCAUGGGGCACAAUUUCAGGUAAAUGGUGGGGUCCUCAAGGAAAGCAGGCCAUUUUAGCCUUACAUGGUUGGCAAGACAAUGCAGGUAGCUUUGAUGAACUAGUCAAAUUUUUACCGGAAGACUGGUCUAUAUUAGCUGUUGAAUUACCUGGACAUGGCCUCUCAUCUCACUUACCUACGGGUAUUAACUACAAUUUAUAUUGGGAUGGAGUCAUAGCAGUUCGACGACUUUUAAAAUAUUUCAAGUGGAAAGAUGUAACAUUGAUGGGUCACUCAAUGGGCGGUGCUAUUUCAUUUUUGUAUGCUGCGUGUUACCCUGAUGAUGUUGAAGCCAUAAUUUCCUUGGAUAUGGCUGGCCCGCAUAUCGAUACUCCAGCAGUUCAAGUGAAGAGGAGUGGGCACAUCAUUGACAAGCUUUUAGUUUAUGAAAGUUCUGCAGGCGUGGAAACUCGAGGUUUGCCCUAUGAAGAAAUGGUGGACAUUGUUGAGGACGCUUAUAGUGGAUCUUUAACUAGAGAGUCGUGCGAAAUCAUGCUUCGACGAGGCAUGUACAGGAAUCCAGAUAAUCCUGAGCUAUACCACUUUGCUCGAGAUCCACGCCUAAAGAUUGCCGGCUUAGGUCUUCUUGGCUUGGAUCUCAUUCUAGAGUUUGCAUCCAAUGUAAAGUGUCGAUACUUAAAUGUCAAAGCUGUGCCCGAAAAAAAUAAGGAGCUUCUCUCCAAUUACAAAGCUGUGUUGGAAAAAAUUGAACCAUCCGUAAAAGAAUACAAGUACGUGGAAGUUGAAGGUAAACAUCAUGUACACAUGAACGACCCUCAGCUGGUGGCCCCGCAUAUAGUCGAAUUCGUAGAGAAAAAACCAUGUGAAAACGGAGGUGAGAACUAAUCCCUACAUUUCCUCUCUCUUUCUUUCAGUAUGAAACUAGCUCUGGUUUUUACAUCAUUCAAAAACCAAAUCACCAUAAAUAAGGCUCCAAAAUUACUUAUUCAAGUAUUAUCUUUAAUGUGAAAUAUUAUCCUCUUAAUAAUUUAGUCUGUAUACCUUUACAGACUAUCUAUUUGUCUAUGUAGAAGCAUUUUUACUGUUAAAAAAACUGAAGCAAUCAAAAAUUCUUGCGAUUUCUCCUAUUCCUUCUCCUGAGCAAAAGCAGGGGUUGAUAAUCCUCCACAAGGACAAAUUUCUGCUCUAUCCAUCUAAAAAUUCUUGUCUUUAGGUAUGUAUUUUCUGUCUUUUGCAUAAAGAUCAAUAGCGUUAUCGCUGAAACCUUUUCAACUUUUUUAUUGCAAUGCACCAACAUCAAUGGAAGCUUGAAACUAGAAUUAAGGCGUCGAGUGUAGAAAUGGCACUUCUCGGUUGCGAUGUUUCAGAAUCUCAACUGCUAAUUUAUAGUUUAGAAAGAAAACUAUUUGAUGAAUUUUCUGGAAUUCUUCGUGUAGAGUAUUGUGAAAUCACGAAGAAUAUUCAGUGAAAUUUUCAGCGAACUACAUGCAUUGCUUUGAUCCUAAUGGAUGAAACGUCAUCAGCGAUUCUGAGACACAACAACCAAGAAGUGCCCUUUCUGCACUCAGUACUUCAAUCUAUGCUUAAACUCUUGCAUUGCUAAAAUAGAGUAGAGAGAAAGAACAAAGGCCAAUGGCAGAACGAUUUUUGGAAGGUUACUAUAUGGAGCAUUUCAUCAAUAUUUGAACAAGAAUAAUGUUUAAGCCUUGUUUUGGCGAAGUAGCUUUUCCAGGGCUCUUGAUCAUUUUUUUAUUAUCAUGUGACAGGUUCACUCCUGUAUUUUAAAAUUGUUAAAUGUAGAUAGGUGGUAAUGAUUCUUAGCUUAUCUGACAGUUUAUUAUUCGAAAAUUUGCUAUUUAAUUAGACAUCAAAGAUCUAACCUUGAAACCCUUUGCCUUCUUGUUUGUAUAAAUAUGCAACUGUUUGUUAUGUUUAACUCAGCUUGUUACGCUCAGAUUUGAUCUCUGAAACCGUUCGUUUCUAGUCAAAGAGCUCAAUUUUUCACUUAGUUCUACAAGUCUAUCCUUCUCUUGAAGUUUGUUCUUAAACUAAUUCAUGUUUUUAUUCAGAGAUGAAGAAAUGAAAUUCGAAGAUUUAAAGCUGUUUCUCCUAUGAAAUUCACAUUCCGCUCAUUUACUUUUACCUUAACAUAUUUUCCUUUUCUUACUCAAAUGGUAAUGAUAUUUCUACCCCUAAUCAUUAGGAGCGGAAGUUCUAUAUCAUGGAAAGUAUUGCUUACAGUAUGAUAAAUGUGAUAUAGCAUAGGAACAGGUUUAAGCACAAUGUAUAGUUUGCUUGAAAGGCUUUAAUUAAACUUUUCCUGGAAAAACCUGAAAAUGCUACUUUUUUUUUAAACAUGUUCACCAAUAAAUUUACUAUUUGUAUGUAUAAAAAAAUAUAGUUGUUGCCCACACAAAUGUUUUAUCACUGGUUACGAUUGAUUUCUUUUGUUUGUGACCUUUCACAAGAAAAAGGUUGUCAGUGCUGAAACAUUCAAGAAGCCUAGAAGAGAGUUUUACAAACAUUUUUGUAAGAGGAAACUUUUAAAUAUCAAACUAGCAUUCGUGCUAUUUUGAAUCUGGAGAUUAAAAAUAUUAAGUUCCCAGAAAAAUCCGUUUAAAAAUCUUUUUCAAGAGAUUUUCCUCCGUGCACUAACGUCCCUAUUCCUAUGAAUAGUCACAUUUAUAACUAUUGAUUGUAAAUUUAUCAAAUUGUAAACUUAAAGACUCUGAAGACUCACAUAUUGGUUAUAUGCCACUUAUCAAACAAGUCAAAUCCUUUGUAAGCUUCAGGAAAGUUUUUUGGAACUUUAAAUUGUACGAUUUCUCUUUGUUUUGUGGACGUAACAUUACGCAGCUACUUGCUACUGAAUUUUGCUCAUUUAGCAAUUAACAUCCAACCCCAAAGUUCCUGUUUAAUAAACCUAUAGCCGAUUUUUUCUUUAUGUAUUACUUAACUCUUUUACUUUACACACGUUUCUCUUCUGCAUGGAAUGCUAAUUUAGUUCAAAGUAUUUGUCAAGCAGAUAAAAGCCCUUGCCCAGGAAAUGCAUCUUUCUCAUCAGUGUUGUACUGUCGGUUAACCUGGAACCUCUGUUUUUUGUCUAGAUGCAAAGAAAUUUCGAAUUCUAGUAGUAAUUAAUUUUCAUAAGCGCACCAUUUGCUAUUGCUUUUCAAUAAAAAAGAGGUGCUUUUCCUACGUUGCUGCCUUUUUCUGCUCCAUUUUAUUUUGCAUUUCAUUACUGUGCUUUUUUUCUUACAAUAAUGAAUUCACUCCCAAGAAACAUUGCAAUAUUAAAAUACUCAUGAUUUUUAUAUACUUGGUCCCCCUCUUUCUCAAUUUCUAAUAUUUUUUGAGUUCAAACGAGAGUGAAUUCAGAUGUUAAAUUUUCACUGAUAAAAUGAUACAUUCUCAAAAAUUCAAAUACCACGAAGAAAGAUGAUAUUUUUGGCUUAAAACGAGUGUUGUUUAAAUGCACAGAAAAUCUAUCUGAAAUUUUACCAAGAAGUACAUCAACAAAAAUAACCAUACACAUAUUUGUAGCACUAGAAAAACCCUACAAUAUAUUGCAUCGUGCUAUAACCUUAUAAUUUAUCAAUUUAACCCCAUUGAGCAAGAGUUAUUUCUUUUUUAGAUAAGGUUACAGCUUUAGAUUAAUUUAAAGUUGCAAGUCUCUAGUGUGAAAUCAAUUCUGCUAUGAUUAUGCAGUGAGACAUUCGUACAGUUCCACGGUGAUCCAAAUUUGCAUAAUUACAUCAACCGCCUAGAGGCCGUAUUCAAGGUUGCGCAUAAUGAGAGAGCUUACUCUCUCUCUUGAUUCCCUACAUCCAAGUCAUUCAUUCGUGAGAAUCAAGCAUGGUUCCAAAGUGGCUCAUACAUUGCGCAAUAUUCCUCUGUUGGGAUGAGAGAAGGAGGGGAUUUGAGAACUACAUUACAAUUUUGUCACAAGGUGAUUAAAAUCAGCGAUAUGUGUAGAGACAUUGUGUGUUUUUUUGAUGAGGAAAACAUGGAUAGUUGGAUAUUUUUCAGAUAAAAAACUGAAGAAUAGAGGGGGGGGUGGAGUUCUCUAGCAUCAUUUAAUGUCAGAAAGAAUGAAGAAUGUGUAUGUGUGUGGAGGGAAAGGGGGUUGAAGAGGGUAAAAACAUUGAGAAAAGACUGGUCUCUAACUUUUGCAAUUGUAGAAUCCAUCUUUUUCCUCGCCCAGAUUUUUAUUUGGAUUUAUGUAAUUUUGGACAAUUUAAAACUACUGUUAUGAGAGAAUCUGUAGUUUCUUGUAUUAAUGACUUGUCGGUUGAUUACUUUUGAUGCUAUGAACCAUUCAUCUUUUCCUGAAGAUUUGACUUUAGUUGUUAUUUUUCUCUUUUUUCUCGUCUCUUUGUUAUCACCUAUAAUUAUUAUUACAUAUCCCUCCGUUUCCAGGGAAGUCUUGGAUAUAUAUUUCUUCCUUUUUAACUGAUGUAAUAUGAAUUUUGAUUUGAGUUUGAUGAGGCCAGAGUGUAAAAAAUUUACAGUCUCGCCAAAUUUUAUGACUUUUGAAUCUAUAUUGAUGAAGGUCAUGAUUUAUAGAGACUUGACCUACAUGAGAGAAAGAAUGUUUUUUUAUGAAAAAAGGGGUCUUCUGUUAAGUAUCAUAUUCAAUACUUUUAUUUUCUAUGGAAGCACCAUGCGAAAAAAUAAAAAUUGAAUUUCUAAUACUUAAUAAUGUAUGUUUUAAGUUUUAGGCUGAAUUUUAAGUUAAAAUGAAAAUAAUUGCAUUCAUAAAAACUGGAUGUUGAACCUAACUGUCGUUUUCUUUCUGCUAUUUUUGUUUCAUACAUGUAGUCAAAGUUUCUUGAUUUUUUCAAAACAGCAGUGGAUAAAAGAAAAAAAUCACAAACGAAGUGGGCUGUGAUAGGCACCUUUGUUAUAAUGUGUUAUCAUCCUAGUAGAACAUGUCUUAAAAAAUUUUAAAAAUAUUUAAAAAAAAAAAAAAAAAAAUUAUUUUCAUUUUUUACUUAUACUGUUUCUCCGACACAGCAAAAGAUCCCUUUGCGUUAUUUGCAAAACCUCCCUUUGUUCUCACUGCUUUCAUUUCCUGUGUGCACAAGUAUCACAGUAUUCCUUGUCUGUCAUUCCAAAUUGGACAAGAAGUCUGUCCCCUGUUGUUAACAUUUUAAGUGAAGUGGAAGUGUGAACAAAUUUUAAUUGGACAUGGUUUUUUUUUUCUUUUACGAGAUGUUUCGUAUUGAUGCAAAUGUUAAUUUUUUAUAUAUUUAUUGUUGUUUUAUCUUUGAUAGUAUUUUUGAGGCAGGGAAAAUUGGGUAUGAUAAAAUUUUCCCACCUGUAGACUAAGUUAUUAGCACAUAAAAUUUGUUAAGAAUGUUUUCUUCUUACUUGUUUAAUCCAAGAAGUGCACUUGUAAUUGUGUUAAUGAUAGCCUGCAGAAAAAGUCUUCAAAGUUUUGCUUCGGCUGGAGAUCAAAUUUUUUAGGAGGUGAUACGGGCCUUUUAAAGCUCGUCACUGAAAGUUAAAGAGGUUUUCGUACUCUAUUUCACAUUUUCUUAUCAUCACCAAUCAAUAGUUCAAAAAUUUGGAGCAUUCCACAGCUUUAAUCUCUAAUGUACGAUAUUGCCUGACCCUCAACUUCUGACUUAACAAGCUUCUUACUUUGAUCAUUUACAUAUUACUCUCUUGAAUAACUGGAACUUGGUUUCGAUAAGUAGGAGGAAAAAUCAUGAAUACCAAUUUUUUUUCUCUAGAAACAUUGAGUUCUUCUAUUCAAGCAGUAAAAAACAGUCCAACAGUAAUGGCCACUGAAAAAACAUAAAGUGUGAUAUUGUCUGAUUUGAUAAAUGUAAGUAUAUGCAAGAGAUAUUUCAGGAGUAAGCACAGCCUUUUGUUGUUCUAAAAUUGAUAAAAAUGAACAAAUUUGAUUGAUCUUGGCCGUGAAGUUUUCACUGGGUUUUUAUUUUAAGAAAUUUCAAUCCAGCUCAACUGGAUGGCAUGAUGCUGGAAAUGAGAUGUGAAUUUGACCAACGGUAUGUAUCCAACUGACUGUAAUGCAGCAAACUGUUCUAAAGCAGAGAAUGAAUUAUCUGCCUCUUAAUGUCCAAAAUUAUCAACCAAAAAAUUUACUGAAUGUUUGACAUGGUACAUAUUUUUCUUCACUAAGCCACCAUCCUUACUUGUGCUUCUCUUUUGGCUGUAAAUUGCCCUGAUCGUUGAACCUUUAUUGUUAAUUCAAUUGUAGUUAAAGCAAAAUUCAAUGCUUCUUCCUGCUCAAUAUUACAUAAGAACAAACACCGAUUUAAUAGAUAUUUAAUAAUUACUAUUUGCAAAAUUUGUUGUAGUAGAGAAUGAUUUCAAGAUUCCUUUUCUCUCUUUUUUUUCUAUUACAUAUCAGCUCCCAUAGUGUGAUAGCAGCUUUGGAUUGGAAUCCAUUUUAACCUGAGUAAAGUCGGUUCUCUCUGUUACUUUAGCAGCUUUUAUGACGUUCUUGUAUCAAGAAACCAACAACUGUUGUUUAUUAUCUAAUGUAAUUUUCUAGGGGAAAAAAAGGCACAAUACCCUUAUAUAAACAGUUGAAAAUUGAUGAUGAGGAGGCUUGUAGCCAUCCGCAGCUAACAAAUUUGGGCCAAGGGUCCUUCAAGUGUCAUAACGUACCAAGGGAGAGAGGGGUCUCAUGUAGUGUUCUUUUCUAUCAUAGAAAUAUUCAAACUGUUUUCAGUCAGGGAGAGGGGGGUAAAAGAUAAGAAAACGUGCGUUGCUUAGUGUUCUAAUGAUCUCUCCGAGCACUGGUCUAUUUUUAUCUUUGAAGUCAUUGGUUAAGAAAUGGCUAAAAUGAGUUUUGUUUAAAACUUGUAAGAAGCUGUUCAUCACAGGGACUAUUAACUAUGUACCUACAGAUACUCUACGUUUUGUUAUAUUGUUAUAGCGUUUUUAUUUAUAUCCUGUUUUGUUCCUUAGAAUGACAUUCCACAUUUGUUCAAGGUAAUCCAUAAGAAAUUAAUCACUAAAAAAGGGCUCAGCGUUGAUUUAAUUAUGUUGAUAUGAGGAUUCGAACAAAAUUACAAGGCCUAGGAUACGCUAUAGGUGAAUAAAGUGUGAGAUAUUCAACACAUUCUGCUAAAGCACUGAUUUGACUCGAUUCUUUGACUAAACAUAUCCUACCCGGCUGAAGGAGCUCUUCUACUUUCUAUUUAUAAGACUGUCUUUUGGAGACCCAGAUCAAAGCGCUAAGUGAAGAAAUGCAAAUAUCACACUUUGAUCAGUCAAAUCGAAUGACAAAUUGUAAAUACUUAUUUUCAUAGAUCUUUAUGUUCCAUGGGUGAAGGGAUCUGAACAUUCUGAAAUUAAAAAUUGAGAUUUAAAAAUAAUGAAGAUCGUGAGUAAAAUAUUUUUUUUCCAACAUUUUGGUUCAAAAGCUCUCGAAAUUAUUAAAUCAAACAGAAAGAUCUUAAUGCUUGAAUUUGCUCCUUGUUUAGUGGUCUGAUGAAUUGCGUUCAAUUUGCAUUGGAGAUUCAUGAUUUGGUAGAGAAAGUUACCUGACUAAAAUUCUUAAUAUCCAAUUUUAACUAGAAUUCCUUUCCUAAAAUGUUUUACUCGGAUGAGUGAAAUCUCUUUUUCCUAUGGAGCACUCUCCAUUUAUCAUCGAUUCCUUUUGAUUUCUAUUGUCAACUUAGCCUGAAAACCCGCCUACAUAAGUGUAUACUAUUUCUGAAAUCCUAAUUUUUUAUUGCUCUACACAAUUGCAAUCUUGCUAACGAUCAAAAGCGUGUAACAUGGUAUUCGUAGGUUUGUAUUUCUUACGGAUCUACCCUCCAUCCCAAAGUGCUAUACGAAGUUUAUGUGUGCUUGAUAGUUUUUAGUUACGUUAUUUAUUGUUUAUAAAGAUUUAUCUCCAAAGCUAAUUUAUUGCCAAUAAAUCUUGUGCGGUUGCA